AUGACCCUCCAGAACCUCUUCGAGGAGGAGUAUGAAGAGACUUUGACUAUUCCCGCAAAUGGCCUAUCCAUCGACCAACUAAGCCUUUUGGGCCUCACCUAUCAUGGGAUUUCACCGCGUACAGAUUCCCCCGGUCUUAUUUCUCUACACUCGCAGCUGUCUGAUCAGCACAAUUGCGCCGUCGAUAUUGGCAUUCCAGGAUGUGAUCCAAGUCGCAGUCAUAGCCCCCACCAAUGUCAAGCUUGGCAGACUGCCCCAUCAACUCGUUUUGACUCCGGUAUUAGUGGCAGCAGUGUCCCUUUCACAGAAGUUCCUUUGCAUUCGGUGACUCCCGGGUGCUUCCACGAGCCUGCUUUUUCUUGCCGAGUUUCUACACCAAAUGUUCUUUCUGCUUUAUCCUCGGCUCCUCUGAACGAUUUUCGUUCUUGCACUACUCAGAACUCUCUCAAUGUGGAAGAUAUCUCGCCAGCUUCUCUUUCAUCCACCUCAUUUUAUGUCCCCUCUAUUACCAUCACUACCCAAUCUGCCAAUCAAUCUUCACAAACCACUGUGACUUCACGACGUGCUUGGCUGGCUCUGGAUAAUCUGGUUAGUCUUUCCUCCGGACACGCUAUCUAUCAUGAGCCCUGUGAUGUCGAUCCGUCUUCUAUUGGAUCUUGUGUGACUUUCGCAGCUGAACCAACCGCUUCUGAAUCGUGCAACUCACUGUCCCAGCGGGAUCGCGAGACGGAAGAACUGGCGAUUGGUCCCAUCCAGUUGGCUGCCGCUUUAAAAGAACAAUGCUGCCUCGGUCUGCUCGGGAGACGCACUCAACUACCUCCAGCUCAGCAGCUGCUGUUUCAGCAACUAACCCGGCCUCUACAGGCAACUAAGGGCGUUUCGGUUCCAGAGAGUAGCUGUGCUGCGCUGCAAACGGCUGCGAUUCAGCCUGACUCUCCAGUCAUUUCCACCUCUGAUAUCACCACUACCCACUUAAAUCCUAGCCUUUCCUCUGCCAAGUCAAUCCCAACCCAACCAGCUGUUUCCAUGAUUACGACUGCCGGUAAUGCCGCGCUGGGCUCGCACUCAACUCAUUUGGACUUGAGUAAGUCUGCUCAGCCUUUGUGUACCUCAGCUACGGAUAUCAAUGGUCAAUAUCGCCCAUUUUAA